UCGCUAGUUGGUGUUAGGCAUGAGGCGUUGUCGACUGGUGUGGUGGUGUGGCACUGUCGACUAGUGCGUGGUGGUGUGGCUGACGUUUGUGGUUAUUGGUCAUCGACAUCGGUGACUUCGUCUAGUGGUGGUGGUAGUUGCUGGACAUCGGCGUUGUCGACUAGUGUGGUCGAUGUUCAGUAA